CAUUGGGUUAAUGGGGGGAAGUGCAGAAUGAUCACCUCAUAUAAUAGUAAAACAAACUUGAGGGACUAUUUUCUUUCUUAUCUCCGGGCGAUGUUGCUGUAUUUUCUAAUCAAAAUACAGCAUUAGCUCGGGCGAAGUUCGCAUGUCUGGUCCCUUAAUAAUUUACAGAACAAAUGGCAAAUAAGGUUAGAAUCAAUUAAUUUAACAAAUAAUGCCUUCACACUAAAUGUUGUCUCAGCUCAUACAUAUUCCUGUUGCAAUUUGUUCUUUGCUCUAAAAUGAGGUGCACUAUAAAUAAAACAAGAUUUGGAAUAAAGGUUUAGUUUGUACGAAGAUUGUUUAAUUACAGAAUUAGAUUUUGCUUUCACUGGCUGGGUGUAACAUCUCAUAUUGCUUAACCUACACCUAUGCUUCAAGGAUUUUUAACAAGGUAACCAACAUGAAAGCAGAUAAAAGACAUUUCGGAAAUAUGAACUCUUUCAGAUUCCUGUACAUAAUCUUGUAGCUACCCCUGCACCUAAAUCUUCAAAGGUUGAUUGGAUUUACAAAAUCACUUUUAAUUGUAAUUUGAAAAGUCUUGUCCAAUUGGUAUGCCAUGGGGAAAACAACAACAACAAAACAAGCUGCAUUUGGUGCAGUCGUGAGAGAGAUCUUGGCUAAUGUAAUUUUGAUUUUCAUCAAAAGCUGAUGUGCGGCAUUUGAUUUUUUAUCAAUUUUAUAUUUGCCCAUUUAUGGGCCUGUGGUUUGGAUCUGGAACUUAAUGAAUGGGCCGAUACUAUGAACAUGUUAUAGUGUAUGGCCAGCAGCUUUGAAAAUGCAGUCACACGUAAGUUAUUUUAUGUACACAAUGGAAAUGGUAAAAUCAAAUACUUUGUGUAGCAACCUGGCUACAGCUUCAAAAUGUUUUUAGGAGCAGGUGAAUUUUAUGAACGAAUAUUCCUGACCUAAGUUCCGGAUUUCAAAUUGGAAAUAGAGGUCAAAUAGUUUCAUUUAGGGUACCACUCAAUAAAAGGGACAUAAACAUACAUUGCAGUGAUUAAUGUUUUAGCUUUGGCCAGGUAGUUCAGUGGCAAAUAAAAACAGAGAAUGCAUUUUUAAGUGCAAUGCCAUUGUUGGUGACAUUGUCUUUGAUGUCAAAUGGUGAAGUGUUUUACCAUGAAACAAAUUUCAAUAUUGCACGUUCAAUGUUUGCAUUUGAGCUGUUCUUUCCCAAAGAUUCUCCUGACGUAAGUGAGAAGAUGGGUGUAACUAAUUAUGUAAGUUUAAUCACCACGCCCACUAGGAUAUAUAAGUUACAUGCAGUGCACCUACUGAUCACUCUAACUGAACAGACUUGUAAAUAAGUAACUUGUCCAUUCACUCCUUGAACAAAAUGGAAAAUAUGGACGCAGACUUUUAUGAAUCGAAAAAACGACGUCGGAACAGUUUCCGAAAAACAUGGGAUCCUUUUAUGUUAAAAACAAUCAACAAUGAGGAAGAAAUUACGGGGAAAUCGGUUCAGUUUCUUCAGUACAUAAUCUGCUUUUUAUUUGGUGUUGCUGUACUGGGGUUUGCUUUUCUCAGCAAGUCUAGUCUUCUUUUAUUGAUCAGCAUUUCAAGUGCUAAUUCGCCCUUUGAAAACAAACCUUUUACUCAUCUUAUCUUGGCCUGUGUAUUAGUGGUGCCGAAUGUUUUAGCAUUUACAAAAGCAUUGUGGAAAACAUCAUUUAGAUCAUCCUCUAGUCCACCAAAAGGUGUUCUAGCCAUGGUAUGCUUCAUUGAAGCAAUUAUCGCACUUGCCACUUCAGUUCUGGUGCUGGUCUGCUUGCCUCAGUUUGAUGUCAUCACAAAUCUCUGCAUUUUGAAUGGUGUCUGUCUGUUUCCUUCAUUCCUACAAAUAAUGUAUGAGUUGAAACAUCUGGGGGUUGCCUUGCUAUUCCCCCUCAUUGGUUUUGGGUUGACUUUUCUAGGCCUCUUGCUUUUCAUUUUAGUCCACAAUUCCCUGCAGCAAUCAGACACCCCCCAAUACCUUCAGAUGUACGUAGCCAUAGCAAUAGUUUCCUUAACAGUAUUAUCUCUCAAUUGGUGGGAAAACUUUACAUCCUUCUGUAAAAUUGGAUUCCUGCAAAAUAUAAGGGAAAGCCUACGUGGCAAUAGAAAUCUUACCUACGUUUGUAGUAGUGCAGUUAGAAUUCUCGUCACCUUUGGUGUAGUUGCGGCAUGGAUUCCAAUUAAGAAGUAUGACUGGGUAGAUUUGAAAACAGUCUCUCAAUUUGAACUAAAUAUUGUUUUGGGUCUCUUUGGGGUGCAGGCAUGUUCUUCUGUACUUUGCCACUGGUUUGGGGUCCUGGUGUGCAAAAUGCAUGCAGUCAGGCGAAGUUUCAUGCUGCCAUCCAUAUUAGCCUUCCCUGUGGUAUUCAUUGCCAUUUUGAUAGUGCUUUAUGAUAGUUCCAACAAGUACAGUGAAGGGCCCACCUUCAACCUCACCCUCUUUUGCAAUGAUUUAAUAACUGUCCAAGAAGUCGAUCCUGUACGAAUCCUCCUUUUAGAAAUCCCACAGAGCCUUUGCAGAGCACAGGGAUUCUUAAAUACCAGCCGAGUUGGUUUGGCACUUCUUGGCACUUCAGCAAUAUGCUUUUGGCUUGGGCUAUUUUUCUCAACUUACUAUGUGUGGGGCCAGCCCCUUCAAAGGAUUGAAAGGACAUCCCAUCUCUUUGUUCGAUGGCUAUAUGAAGCUGCCUUCAUGGAACAAUCAAUGCUGCUCAACAUACGGGUCCAGAAAAAGCGAAUUGAGGAAAUCAAAAGGAAAUCAGACCAUGUGAUGAUAUAUCUGUGCGCAACAAUGUGGCACGAGAACGUGGAUGAAAUGGAAAAGAUCCUCAAUUCAAUAUUCAGGCUUGAUAAAUACAAACCAUAUACUUUAAAAUCACACAAAGACAAUUUUGACUUUGAAACACACAUUUACUUUGAUGAUGCAUUUACUUUUGUGGGACCCGAUGAAAGUACGCAGCAGAGAGUUGUGAAUGACUAUGUGAUGAGCCUUGUUUCGACAAUGGAGGACAUUUACAGGAUAUUUUCGCGGGAAAAAUGCACUUCUAAGGAUGAACUGGAAGAUGAUGACAUUCUAAGGCAAACCAUAAUGGAGACACCUUACGGUGGAAGAAUCUGCUACACACUCCCAUACGGAAACACCAUUCAUGUUCAUUUGAAAGACAAACAGAAAAUCCGGCACAAGAAGAGAUGGUCUCAGAUCAUGUACAUGUAUUAUCUGCUGGGAUGGAAGUUAAGCAGGAAGUACACUACCCUGUCAGGAAGAUUUGAAGAUGAAGUAUCGAAUGAAAAUACCUUAAAGAACGAGAAGGAAAACACCUAUAUUCUGGCGUUGGACGGUGAUACUGACUUCCAGCCCUCUGCGUUGAUCUUACUGGUGGACAGGCUGAGACGAUAUCCCCACGUAGGGGCUGCGUGUGGGAGAAUACAUCCUACAGGAGUUGGUCCGAUGGUGUGGUACCAGAAGUUUGAGUAUGCUGUUGGCCACUGGCUCCAGAAGACAGCUGAACAUGUGCUGGGCUGCGUGCUGUGCAGUCCAGGUUGUUUCAGCUUGUUCAGGGCGGCGGCCCUGAUGGAUGACAAUGUUAUGAAAAAAUACACCACAACCGCAACUGAAGCACAACACUUUGUCCAAUACGAUCAAGGGGAAGACCGUUGGCUCUGCACAUUACUGUUGCAACAGGGGUGGCGAGUGGAGUACAACGCAGCCUCAGAUGCCUACACCAAUGCACCGCAGGAAUUCAAGGAAUUCUACAACCAACGACGUCGCUGGGUGCCAUCCACUUUGGCAAACACAAUCGACCUUCUGGACAGUGCAGCGCAAACAUCAAAGAAAAACCCUUCAAUUUCCAAACUCUACAUUUUGUACCAGAUUAUUGGAACAGCCGCCUCAAUCCUGGGUCCUGCCACUGUGAUUUUGAUGAUAGCAGGAUCAUUUACCUUUGUGUUUCAAUGGAAUGGAAAUGUUGCCCUGGCGCUAGGAGUCAUUCCUCCCGCCAUCUAUAUACUCAUUUGUUACAAAGUCAAAUCGGACACCCAGAUCAAUAUUGCUGCCGUUCUGAGCAUCUUUUAUGCUUUCCUAAUGAUUGCAACGAUAAUGUCCAUCAUCGGUGAAAUGAUCCGGGAAAAAACCUUCAUUACUCCAACGGGCGUGUUCUUCAUAUCCAUGGUGGUCCUCUUCCUCUCAACAGCAUUGCUGCAUCCCCAGGAAUUCCACCUUGUUCUAUACGGAUUGUUGUACAUCAUUUGCAUUCCGAGCGGAUACUUGCUCCUGCCCAUUUAUUCUAUGGUGAACAUGAAUAACGUUUCAUGGGGCACUCGUGAAAGUGCCACUCCAAAGAAAUCUACCAAGAAGAAGCCUGAGCAGAUUAAGCGAUAUGAAAAGAAAUGGAAAUGCAUUUGUUGGGAUGUUGAAUUUGUAAUCAAAGAGGAUAAAAAGGAUGCAAUUCAACAAAGUGACAGUGCAAAUGAUGAAAUUGAAAUAUUGGAACCCAAAGUUGUAGACAACUGGAUUGACAAUUUAAAAGAAAAGUCUCUCUAUAUUGACCUCAUUGAAGAAAAGCUUGAUGAAAGGGAAAACCCGUUCUGGUUUGAGUUAAUUGAGGUGUAUCUUAAACCAAUUGAUGAAGACAAAGCGAGGCAGCAAGAGAUUGCGAAAAAUCUGAGCACUCUGAGAAACAAGGCCACUUUCCUGUUCUUCAUUAUAAAUAUCCUGUGGCUCGUUUCAACAUUCUUCCUGCAACUCAUCGGUCCUGACAUACACAUCAAGCUACCCAAAAUUCUCUCAAAUGGUUCUUUCUCAAGAAAUGAAAAUCUAACCGUCGAACCCAUCGGUUUCAUGUUCUUGAUAUCGUUUGCUGGAUUGUUGGCAAUUCAAUUCAUCACCAUGUUAUACCACAGGAUUAAUACCCUCAUCCAUUUCAUUGCCUACAAAGGAACUGAAGUGAAACCUCUGCAGAAAGUUGGAAAGUAUAAAAAACAUGAAGAUCUUGAGGUUUGACAUCAUAGAGAAGCCAAAUGAACAGAGCUUGAAAAAAAACAGAACAACAUCAGCAUGGUGUGAAAUACAAUAGACAAUAGGUUCAGGAGGAGGCCAUUCGUCCCUUCAAGCCAGCACCGCCAAUCAAUGCGAUCAUGGCUGAUCAUCCCCAAUCAGUACCCAGUUCCCUCCUUCUCCCCAUAUCCCCUGACUCCGCUAUUUUUAAGAGCCCGAUCUAGCUCUCUGUUGAAAGCAUUCAGAGAACCUGCAUCCACCACCAACUGAGGCAGAGAACAACACUUUGCUAAUCAUGGACAAUGCAGUGGAGAUCUGUUGCUCGUGUUACCAAAUGGAUAUUUAUGCACAAAUAUGGUGAUUGCUUAGUAACAGGUCAAUACAAACAGUAGCAGAAAUUCAUUACUGCUACCUGUUUUAGAAGUGCAAAAGGAAUAUCCAAGUGACAAUGUGGCAGCAGGCAUGGGGUAGAAUUCACAAGCCCCGUCCACAAUUCAACACAUCCCUCGAUUCAGAAUCAGCACUUUAGAACAAAUGAUGCCUCUGAUUAGUGCCUUCUAACUGAUCGUUGUAGGUAAAAAUUGACUGUUUGUUCUCUGAUCCACGCAGAUGGUGUUAAUGGGCCAAAUCUGCAUAGUUCUGCCAUCAGUUCUUAUAAAGCAUACAUACUAUGCACAGCAAGUUUACUAACUUGGGAAUCACCUAAUCUUUCACUGUGCAAUCAAUGACUGAAUCGUACUAAACUAUACGGUGAACUAUUAUCGUCAGAUCUGGUUAAUGCCCUUUACAUCUCUUAUUAACUCACCAAUGUUUCUUUUAAGAACAUAAACAUAUCUGCCAUUUCCACUAACCGAGUAUCUCAGGGAUUACAAAUACGUUUCAUGGCUGUAAAUUUAACCAUAUAACCAUAUAACCAUAUAACAAUUACAGCACGGAAACAGGCCAUCUCGGCCCUACAAGUCCGUGCCGAACAACCUUUUUUUCCCUUAGUCCCACCUGCCUGCACUUAUACCAUAACCCUCCAUUCCCUUCUCAUCCAUAUGCCUAUCCAAUUUAUUUUUAAAUGAUACAAACGAACCUGCCUCCUACACUUCCACUGGAAGCUCAGUCCACACCGCUACCACUCUCUGAGUAAAGAAGUUCCCCCUCAUGUUACCCCUAAACUUCUGUCCCUUAAUUCUGAAGUCAUGUCCUCUUGUUUGAAUCUUCCCUAUUCUCAAAGGGAAAAGUCUGUCCACAUCAACUCUGUCUAUCCCUCUCAUCAUUUUAAAGACCUCUAUCAAGUCCCCCCUUAACCUUCUGCGCUCCAGAGAAUAAAGACCUAACUUAUUCAACCUAUCUCUGUAACUUAGUUGUUGAAACCCAGGCAACAUUCUAGUAAAUCUCCUCUGUACUCUCUCUAUUUUGUUGACAUCCUUUCUAUAAUUGGGCGACCAAAAUUGUACACUAUACUCCAAAUUUGGCCUCACCAAUGCCUUGUACAAUUUUAACAUUACAUCCCAGCUUCUAUACUCAAUGCUCUGAUUUAUAAAGGCUAGCAUACCAAAAGCUUUCUUUACCACCCUAUCUAUAUGAGAUUCCACCUUCAAGGAACUAUGCACGGUUAUUCCCAGAUCCCUCUGUUCAACUGUAUUCUUCAAUUCCCUACCAUUUACCAUGUACGUCCUAUUUUGAUUUGUCCUGCCUUUUGUGAUUUAUGUCAUAUUCCAUAUCUGCCACUCAACACAUUAGAGACACGAGGAGAAAACUCUUCCAUAUACAAAGCAUUGCAAAACUGUAAAUUAAUUAUUUAUAAAUAUUUUACAACUUUGCAAUGCAAGGACAUUUUCAACCUUGGAAUGCAAACAUCAGCACUCUCCCUGGGCUGUUUCUGUUUGUUUAUAAAUGCUUAGCCCACCGAUCCUAUUCUAAACUAUUCUAUAUUGAUUGCGGGGGUCAGUCUUGUAUUGACAAUCAGCUUUGGGAAAGGUGAAUAUAAUUUUCCCAAAGCCAAAAAUCAAAGAGCAGCAUUCGUAAACAGAGGGAUUCUGAAAUAUCGUUGGAUCGAGACAAUCGGAUCUGUUUAGUGCCUUUAUAGUGCAAUAAAGAUCAAUUAGUACAUCUACAUACAUGAAGGAAAGAAGAUAAAGUGCAAAUGCACACAAUCACACACAUGAUGAAGUUGCAUUAUCUUAAAUGAAUGGAAUUAUUAUUGUGCAAUUUUAAUACUUUACAACUGAUCAUGAAUUAAUAUAAUUUAUACCUUUGCACAAAAUGGUCAGUUGACAUAGUUUCUGUUUACAAUUAUCUAUAGCUAUAAAAUAUGUAAUGGAAAUAAAAAUGUUAAUUUAUUAUAAAUAACCCAUUAAAUGUAUCUUCUAUGACAUGUGCUCUUUUGUCUAUUUAAUUUGAAGCUGCAAUUGUUUGGUUAUUUUGGAUGUAUAUUUUUCACAAUAUAAAAUACAAUUGGUGGGAAAUGCUCAUUUUAACAUGAUCUCAACUUGCAAUAUGGAUAUCAAAUGUACUCUAAAGUUCUAUAAAUUGGAUUUGAAAUUUCAUUUUUUCUCCAGUGUACAGAUUUUCUCAUCUAAGCAAAACACAUCAUAUUUGUUAUUGACCAUUUUUAAUGUCACACAUAGAUUACAAUCCAUUCAAUUUCAACAUCAUAUCAACAGUACAGUUUGGUGUGUUUGGCUCGACAUGCUUUCUUUGUCAUUUUAAGCAACAAAUAAAGUUUAUUUGCCAAUCAAAUUGUGGUGAAUAUAUUUUCCAACUCACUUCAUUGAAAUACAACAUAUUAGGAUCUUCAGGUGACUUUUAAUACAAACAAUAUUUCUAAUUGAUGACCUAUCUAUUCAACUAGGCAUUCAUUUUUGUCCCACAUUUUUUAAUUGGAAAUAUGAAAAUGAACACUGUAAGUCUGCAUGACCUUUGAUGCUUGCACUAAAUACUGUCUUCAUGAAAUUAAGUUAUUAUCUUUACCGGUUGUAUAUGUAUAUUUGUAAGAUAAUUAAUCAAUGGAGUGAAUGAUAUUCUCAUGGAUGAAACUGCUAAAUACUAAAUAAACUGAUAUUUUAACUUAA